AUGAGUCAACAAUCGCAAACCGGGCUAGGGAACUCGUUCCGAGGGGGCUACAAUGGUGAACCAGAAGGUGCUACGAUCUAUUCGGCAUCAUAUUCGGGUGUGGAUGUUUACGAGAUGGAAGUCAACAAUGUCGCCGUAAUGCGCCGUCGCAACGACUCAUGGCUUAAUGCCACCCAGAUCCUUAAAGUCGCCGGGGUUGACAAAGGAAAGCGCACUAAGAUUCUCGAGAAAGAAAUCCAGACUGGCGAGCACGAGAAGGUUCAGGGCGGAUAUGGAAAAUAUCAGGGUACUUGGAUAAAGUUCGAUCGUGGUCUGCAGGUCUGCCGCCAAUACGGUGUUGAGGAGCUUCUACGACCACUCCUGACUUACGACAUGGGUCAAGACGGAGGUGUUGCCGGCCGAGGUGAUUUUAAUACACCAACAAAAGAACAAGCAAUGGCUGCGCAAAGGAAACGAUUAUAUAACCAGAGUGCAGAUGGUCGGCCCAAUGGUAUCUCGGGGACAUUCUUCAAGAACAUUUCUACGACCGCCUCUCAUGCCGUUGCAGCAAUCAGCAAAGCUCGCUUCGAUUCGCCCGGCCCCAGGAGUCGCAAUGGUCCUUCACGAACAGCGUCCUUCAGCCGCCAAGCGUCAAUGCAAAAUGGGGACGAUUUCCCUGCCAACUCCCAGCAAAGUUUCGCCUCCGAUUACGGGCAGCAGGUUGACUCCGCGUACUCGACACAACAAGUUAAUAACUCAGUUCAGAUGACAGAGCCAGAGCCUCCUCGAAAACGCCAACGGGUGACGAUGACGCCGGCCGAAAGCUUCAAUGGGUAUGGGCAAAAUAUGGAUAUGUAUGCUGCGACGUACCCCGGAUCGCCCACCGAACCCAAUGAGUCGUUCAUGUACACUCAGAGUGCCAUCCAUGAUCGAUCGCCGGUGGAGGAGGGCAAUGGACCCCUUCCACCCCUCCCUUACGAGAUGUCUCCAGAUAUCGAGAUCAAACGUAACAUGUUGAUGGGUUUAUUUCUGGAAACUCCGGGCACUGACCCCACAAAUCACGAUAUGCUUCGGGAGUUUACACCGUUGGAAUUGGACAUGCCGAUUGACUUACAGAGCCACACAGCGCUCCACUGGGCCGCAACCCUUGCUAGGAUGCCUCUUUUGCGUGCUCUCAUUGCAGCUGGCGCAUCCCCAUCUCGCGUAAAUGCAUCUGGCGAAACGGCGUUGAUGCGAGCCUGCUUAGUCACGAACUCUCAAGAUCACAACUCGUUUCCUGAUCUUCUGGAAGUUCUUGGUGCCACGAUAGAGGCGCGCGAUCACAAAGGACGAACAGUUCUUCACCAUAUCGCUGUUACCAGUGCAGUAAAGGGACGCCAUGCAGCAAGCCGAUAUUACCUUGAAAGUCUGUUGGAAUGGGUGGUCAGGCAAGGCAGCGCACCUAACAGCCAGAAUACUCAAACGAACGGAAAUGCUCCCAGCAAUUCGCAAGCAGUCAACCCCAAAAUGGGCAUUGCGCGCUUCAUGAGCGAAAUAGUUAACGCCCAAGACAGCGUAGGGGACACAGCACUGAACAUCGCCUCCCGGAUUGGUAACAGAAGUAUCAUUUCUCAGUUGCUGGAGGUUGGCGCGGAUCCCAAUAUCGCAAACCGUGUUGGCUUACGACCUCUUGACUUUGGUAUCGGGAGCGAGAAUGCAGAGGAUAAGACCAACGGUGAAGCCAAUAUUGAGAAGAACGGUGCUGCGGGUGCAAACCAGCGUAGCCGAGAGAGCAGUGAUGAAAUAGUUGCUUCCAUAUCUCACCUUCUAUCAGAAACUGGCUCAACGUUCCAGGCUGAGAUGAAGGCCAAGCAAGCGUCUCUUGAUACCCUUCACAGCACUCUACGCACUACAUCCACACAACUCGGCGAGGCCAGGCGAAGUCUCGAGCACCUGAGCGCUACUCUUAAGAAGCAGCAGUUAGCCCGGCAAAAGGUCUCCAACUUGUCAUACGCUCGUGAAGCCGAGCAAGUACGCCUGAUGCAGGAGCAAUCCAGAGCCUCACAGCCUAACCCUUCGUCAUCAUGGGAAACCGAGUUGUCGGCUAUGCUCGAGGCUGCUGACGAUACCUCAGAUGGGGAGUUUGGCGGCGAAGGUCUCCUUCCUUCGGCAGCCAUCUUGGAAGCUCGCAUUCGUGCCGUAAAGAAGCGCUGCGAGUCAACCCGAAAGAUGGUGUCAGCUCUCAAAGGACGAAGCCGUGAUACCGAAGUCAAAUACCGUCGUGUGGUGGCACUCUGCACUGGUGUUCAAGAGGACGAGGUUGAUGCUGUCAUCGACGGCCUACUCAAGGCUGUGGAGAGCGAACAAGAGGAGCUUGAGAUUAACCGUGUCAGGCGCUUUCUUGGGGGAGUAGAAGGCGUGCACUGA